AUGGCCACCACCGAUCUUACCGUGGAGAAGACGGCCUCCGGCCGUGAGUACAAGGUCAGGGACAUGUCCCUCGCCGAUUUCGGCCGCAUGGAGCUCGAUCUCGCCGAGGUCGAGAUGCCUGGCCUCGUCGCCUGCCGCGACGAGUUCGGCCCUGCCCAGCCAUUCAAGGGAGCCAAGAUCAGUGGAUCCCUUCACAUGACUGUUCAGACUGCCGUCCUCAUCGAGACCCUCACUGCGCUCGGCGCGGAGGUGAGAUGGUGCUCGUGCAACAUCUUCUCCACCCAGGACCACGCAGCGGCCGUCAUUGCCCGUGACUCAGCCGCCGUGUUCGCCUGGAAGGGCGAGACUCUGCUGGAGUACUGGUGGUGCACCGAGCGCUGCCUCGACUGGGGCGCCGGCGGCGGCCCUGAUCUGAUCGUUGACGACGGUGGCGACGCCACUCUCCUGAUCCACGAGGGUGUGAAGGCCGAGAUUGAGUUCGAGAAGUCGGGUGCCGUCCCCGACCCCGAGUCGACGACGAACCCCGAGUUCCAGAUCGUGCUCACCAUCAUCCGCGACUCGCUCAAGGAGUCGCCGACCAAGUAUCGCGACAUGGCGAAGCGCAUCAUGGGCGUGUCGGAGGAGACCACCACGGGCGUCAAGAGGCUGUACCAGAUGCAGCUCAACGGCUCGCUGCUCUUCCCCGCCAUCAACGUCAACGACUCCGUCACCAAGAGCAAGUUCGACAACCUGUACGGUUGCCGUCACUCUCUGCCCGACGGUCUCAUGAGGGCCACUGACGUUAUGAUCGCCGGCAAGACCGCCCUGGUGUGCGGAUACGGUGACGUCGGCAAGGGCUGCGCCGCUGCUCUCAAGGCCGCUGGCGCCCGCGUUACAGUCACGGAGGUCGACCCCAUCUGCGCUCUCCAGGCUGCCAUGGAGGGUUUCGCCGUGAACACCCUGGCGAAUGUGGUUGCCGACACUGACAUCUUCGUUACCACCACUGGUAACAAGGACAUCAUCAUGGUCGCUGACAUGGUGAAGAUGAAGAACAACGCCAUUGUGUGCAACAUCGGUCACUUUGACAAUGAAAUCGACAUGGCCGGCUUGGAGAGCUACCCUGGCGCCAAGAAGGUGACCAUUAAGCCCCAGACGGACCGCUGGGUGUUCCCUGAGACCAACCGUGGCAUCAUCAUUCUGGCUGAGGGUCGCCUGAUGAACCUGGGAUGCGCUACUGGCCACCCCAGCUUCGUGAUGUCGUGCUCGUUCACCAACCAGGUGAUUGCUCAGAUUGAGCUGUGGAAGGAGAAGGACUCUGGCAAGUACAAGAAGGAGGUGUACGUGCUGCCCAAGCACCUGGAUGAGAAGGUCGCUGCCCUGCACUUGCCCAAGCUGGGGGCUGUGCUUACCACGCUGACCCCUGCUCAGGCUGAGUACAUUAAUGUGCCUGUGGAGGGCCCGUACAAGCCUGCCCACUACAGGUACUAG